AUAUUUUCAGUGCGUGCAUAUUUGUCGCUGGUGUAAGGAAAAAGGAAAUUACUUUUUCCCGGAACACCGAUACCGUGGCGCAAGCUUGUCAACGACAUCGGCACCGAGAGUGGAGCUAAAAAUCCAUCCGAAAACGCGGAUUUUUCCCUUCAUUCUCUCAGCUACGCCUCGCGGGUGUCGUGCAGUGUGAAGGGUGGAAAGAAGAAGAAGACGCGCGGCAAAGAAACCCUGGUGUGAUACGCGCGCGUGUGCCUGUGUGUUUGUCGUGUUUUUCUUCGCUCGAUUUUACUACAGCGCGUAGUCGACGGGCACGGCGGCGACGAAGACGACGACGACGAAGCUAUCGCAGUAACAGCAUCAUCAGCAGCAACGGCAGCAGCAGCUAGCCCCACAGCCGGACUACUACGACGGGUAUCGCGGUAGCAAGGCACCGCUGGGAGAGAUAUCGCCGUGAGCUGUGACUCCGGAAAGGAAAGAAAACGCAGGAGCGCUAGCGCUAUCGAAAGCACCGUGUUUCAGUCGGCCCUGUUCCUCUCCCGACCCCGUCUGCCGUGACCGCUUGCCGUGUAAAUCCCACCCCGGGUUCCCACCUUUCGCCGUCAUCGCACGCUGAGCUGAACAAAUCGAUCCAAAAUGUCGGACGUAGAAUUAUCAAACAUAGACCAUCUCAUUGCGAUGCUUUUAGAAGUUCGCGGUGCGAGGCCAGGAAAAAAUGUACAACUGUCGGAAACGGAUAUACGUCUGCUUUGCCUGAAGUCGAGGGAAAUCUUUCUCUCCCAACCGAUACUGCUCGAGCUGGAGGCACCGUUGAAGAUUUGCGGUGACAUCCAUGGUCAGUAUUACGAUCUGUUGCGUUUGUUCGAGUACGGUAGCUUCCCACCAGAGUCGAACUAUCUGUUCCUGGGCGAUUAUGUCGACCGGGGAAAGCAAUCGCUGGAGACGAUCUGCCUGCUGCUGGCGUACAAAAUCAAGUAUCCGGAAAAUUUCUUCUUGCUACGCGGCAACCAUGAAUGCGCAAGCAUCAAUAGAAUAUACGGAUUCUACGACGAAUGCAAGCGGCGUUACAACAUCAAGAUGUGGAAAACGUUCACCGAUUGCUUCAACUGUCUCCCGGUAGCCGCGAUUGUGGACGAGAAAAUUUUCUGUUGCCACGGCGGUCUGAGCCCGGACCUGCAAUCCAUGGAACAGAUUCGGCGCAUUAUGCGGCCCACAGACGUACCGGAUCAGGGAUUGCUUUGCGAUCUGCUCUGGUCUGAUCCGGACAAGGACACGAACGGUUACGGAGAGAACGAUCGCGGUGUGAGCUUCACAUUUGGCGUGGAUAUCGUGGGCAAAUUUCUGACGAAGCACGACUUUGAUCUAAUCUGUCGAGCGCACCAGGUAGUAGAGGAUGGUUACGAGUUCUUCGCCAAACGACAGCUGGUGACGUUGUUCUCCGCUCCCAACUACUGCGGAGAGUUCGACAAUGCUGGUGCGAUGAUGUCCGUCGACGAUACGUUGAUGUGCUCGUUCCAAAUCUUGAAGCCAGCCGAUAAACGUAAGUUCCAAUACGGUGGCCUGAAUUCCGGACGGCCUGUUACACCACCGAGAAGCUAUAGUAAAAACAAAAAGAAAUAAUUUAUCAAAUAGCUCUACUCUCUUACAACUACUACUAUUACAACAACUACAAAUUACGUACUACCAAAUUUGUGCGGUAUCCGUUCCGUUUCCUUCCCUCACCUGUUCCCUAGUGUUUCCUUUUAAUCCUUGAACAUUUUAUAAAACAAAACUUGAAAUAAGAUCGACUGACAAAAACAGUGCCCAUGCACGCGCGUGGUGUUGUGAGUGACAGGUACAUUUCCCCUAAACUGAAGUGCGAAUCAACCUUCGCAAUCGCACAUGCGUGUGCGCUCCCGUGCACGCUGGGUGUAGAAGCUGUUGAAAGGAGAAGAACGGGCCGAACGAACAGCCAAUCAUGAAUUGUUCGGAAAUGCAAAAGAAAAAUUAUUAAAGAUGCCAAGCGACGGUUGGUAGGCGGAAUUGGGAAGAGUAAUGAGAGCAAUGGCCAAGGUAGACGGGUCUAACUAGCCUCGCUCUUUGGCCAUUGUACUCUGGAUAGUGUAAUAGAAAAAGUUGCCUGAACAAGAUUCACGUUUUACUGUGGUGUGUAACGUAACACGCGAAGAGGCAUUCAGAAAAGAACAAGCUGUUCCGUCGCUGGCUUCAAAUUGUGCGACAGAUUCGCUGCUUAUCGAGAUCGUAGGGAAGCAGAAGAACGAGCAAGAGCGGGCGUUUCUGAAUGAUAAUUUAAUUAGAAACACUAGCAAAAAGAGCAAAGUAAACAAACAAACAAACAAAUAUGCAUGCUAACAACACAUGAUAACAUGGUAGAUAUGUUAGCGCUGGCGGCGGCGACAGCAGUGGUUUCGUAGUAGUGUGCAUGGUUGUGUGAAAAAGUGCAAUCAGGACUCACACUGACACCGCGAAUCACACCUACCACCCCACUGCUCGACACCCUGCCCCACCUGACUAACGAUGGGCAGAAGCAGCAGCAGCACCACUAAAUGGGCAUAACAGUUUUCUGAUUAUGAUAAUUGAGACAAAGUUUUUCAAACAACAGCAGGCGCAGCAAACUGAUAGCGAGUGACGGUAGAAACGCUAAUAAGCAAGAACUCGCAGAACCUAGUAUCACGCAAAAGCAAAUCAAGAUCACGGGGAAAAGGGGGAGCAAAAGUUGCAAAUUAUCUUUAGAUUGAAUUGAGAUUCUGAACAGAAAAAAAAAUACAACACGUAGUUGAAAUGCUGAUUAUCACCUAAAGUAAACUGUUUCCCCUGUGUAUCGUACCAUGUUUUUUCGACGGUUGAAUGAAAAUUUCAAAAGCUGUUCUAGAGAGAGAGAGAGAGAGAGAGAGAGAGAGAGAGAGAAAUGCAUUUUGUGCAGAUAGAGUCCGUUCAGAGUGAAGGGAGGGUAGGCGGGAACUGGAGUGAAGAGAAAGAGACAUAAAUCGAUUGUAAUUAUAAAACGACCUAUGGCAGGUCAGCAUGAUUGAAUUGUAUUGAAAUCAGCUACCAUGUUGGUCUGAAAGUUUCGUAUGAUGGCGAUCGCUUGGGCCCAACACCACCCCAUACCGUUGGUUUGGUUUCCAUGUUGCCUCUGCUCUUGGAUAGAGCCAAGCGAAAGAUCGUUCCAGAUGACUGGGAUGAGGGUUUUUUUUUCUUAAACUGGGUUUCGACGAUUUGUGUGCAGGAUAACUUGUCCCUGCUCCAACAGUCGACAUACACAUGAGCAAAAGGUGUAUAUUAUGCGUGUGAACUCAAAUCUUUUGUGCAAUUUUCAUUGGACGACCGCUACACAAGAUCAGACACCGGAUGUAAUGUGCGAGAAAUAAGUAUGCAGGACGGAUCCUCCUAUUAUAUCGUAUAAUCGCUUCCCCCCAUAAUUUACCGGCAAGAAGAAAUUAUAAUGUUACAUGUUCUCGUCGAGCAUAAGUGAGCAGCACACAUACACACACACUCGGUCCAUUGUACGAUGCAAUUAGGAUAGUUCAUUGUCAAGAACAAUUGCUAAAGGUAAAGCCGCUGCAAUGAAAUAAUAAAAAAAAACAAAACCAGAAAAAGAAAACACAAACACAUAAGUAAGAAUCAAAAUUUAAACAGCAUAAAUAAAC